GGUUGGAUCACGUGACGGAUCAGGUGCUCACAGGGCCCGCCCCGCUUCCUUCCGGGAUAAAUUCUGGCCGCACCGCCUCCUUGUGCACGUGCAGUCGCCGCUGUUGUCCCCAGCUUGUCCGCGGACCCCUGCGGCCUGCAGCCAUGGCACCCGGCCAGCUCGCUUUAUUUAGUGUCUCUGACAAAACUGGCCUUGUGGAGUUUGCCAGGAACUUAGCUUCUGUUGGUUUGAAUCUGAUCGCCUCUGGAGGGACUGCAAAAGCCCUCAGAGAUGCUGGUUUGGCAGUCAGAGAUGUCUCUGAGAUAACUGGAUUUCCUGAAAUGCUAGGGGGGCGUGUAAAAACCUUGCAUCCUGCAGUCCAUGCUGGAAUCUUGGCUCGUAAUAUCCCAGAAGAUAGUGCUGACAUGGCCAAACUUGAUUUCGAUCUUAUAAGAGUUGUUGUUUGUAAUCUGUAUCCCUUUGUGAAGACAGUGGCUUCUCCAGGUGUAACUGUUGAAGAGGCUGUUGAACAUAUUGACAUUGGAGGGGUGACUCUGCUGAGAGCAGCAGCCAAAAACCACGCUCGGGUGACGGUAGUAUGUGAGCCGGAGGACUAUGCAGCCGUAGCCUCAGAGAUGCAGGACUCCGACAGCAAAGACACAUCCUUGGAGACAAGACGCCUGUUAGCCUUGAAGGCUUUUACUCAUACAGCACAGUAUGAUGAAGCAAUUUCAGAUUACUUCAGGAAAGAGUACAGUAAAGGAGUAUCUCAGAUGCCCCUGAGGUAUGGCAUGAACCCUCAUCAGACUCCUGCCCAGCUGUAUACCCUGAAGCCCAAGCUCCCUAUCACAGUUCUGAAUGGAGCCCCUGGAUUUAUAAACUUGUGUGAUGCUUUGAACGCCUGGCAGCUGGUGAAGGAGCUCAAAGAAGCUUUAGGCCUUCCAGCCGCUGCUUCUUUCAAACAUGUUAGCCCAGCAGGUGCUGCUGUUGGAAUUCCACUUAGUGAAGACGAAGCCAGCGUCUGUAUGGUCAAUGAUCUGUACAAAACCCUCACACCUAUAGCCACUGCAUAUGCAAGAGCAAGAGGGGCUGAUAGGAUGUCUUCCUUUGGUGACUUUGUUGCAUUAUCUGAUAUUUGCGAUGUCCCUACUGCCAAAAUUAUCUCCAGAGAGGUAUCUGAUGGUAUUAUUGCCCCGGGAUAUGAAAAUGAAGCUUUGAAAAUACUUUCCAAAAAGAAAAAUGGGAAUUACUGUGUUCUUCAGAUGGACCAGUCUUACAGUCCAGAUGAAAAUGAAGUUCGAACUCUUUUUGGUCUUCGUUUAAGCCAGAAGAGAAAUAAUAGUGUUGUCAACAGGUCACUGUUUAGCAACAUUGUUACCAAGAAUAAAGAUUUGCCGGAAUCUGCGCUCAGGGACCUCAUUGUGGCCACCAUUGCUGUCAAGUACACUCAGUCUAACUCUGUGUGCUAUGCCAAGAACGGGCAGGUUAUUGGCAUCGGAGCAGGACAGCAGUCUCGUAUACACUGCACACGCCUUGCAGGUGACAAGGCAAACUAUUGGUGGCUUAGACAUCACCCGCAAGUGCUUUCCAUGAAGUUUAAAACUGGCGUGAAGAGAGCAGAAAUCUCCAAUGCCAUCGAUCAGUAUGUUACUGGAACUAUCGGCGAGGGUGAAGAUUUGAUUAAGUGGAAGGCACUGUUUGAGGAGGUCCCUGAGUUGUUAACCGAGACAGAAAAAAAGGAAUGGGUUGACAAACUUAAUGAAGUUUCCAUCAGCUCUGAUGCUUUCUUUCCUUUCCGGGACAAUGUAGACAGAGCUAAAAGGAGUGGUGUGGCCUACAUCGCUGCCCCUUCCGGUUCUGCCGCUGACAAAGUUGUGAUCGAGGCUUGCGAUGAGCUGGGAAUAAUCCUUGCUCACACGAAUCUCCGGCUCUUCCAUCACUGACUUCAUCAAUACAUUAUUUUAUACCCUGCCUAUGUGUAGGUAAAAUAUCAUGUAUGGAAUUUUGAAAAUAACCUUUUUUAAAAGUAAAGCAUUAAGUUUUCAUAAUCUUUGGUCUAUACUGUCUUAGUUAUAGAAACUGUCUUGAUUAUUGUAACUUAAUAGUAAAUAGUGAAAUUGGG